CCGCUCCGAGCAUGCGCGGCGCCGCGAGGCCCGCCGGGAGCGGAAGCGCGCGGAGGAGCGCCCGUGGUCCCGGUCCUGGCCGGCCAUGGGCCUCCUGUCGGACCCGGUGCGGCGGCGCGCGCUCGCCCGCCUGGUGCUGCGCCUCAACGCGCCGCUGUGCGUGCUGAGCUACCUGGCGGGCGUCGCCUGGUUCCUGGCGCUGGCCUUCCCGCCGCUGACCCAGCGCACCUACAUGUCCGAGAACGCCAUGGGCUCCACCAUGGUGGAGGAGCAGUUCGCGGGCGGAGACCGCGCCCGCAGCUUCGCCCGGGACUUCGCCGCCCAGCGCCGCAAGUCGGGGGCGCUCCCGGUGGCCUGGCUGGAGCGCACGAUGCGCGCCGUGGGGCUCGAGGUCUACACGCAGAGGUUCUCGCCGAAGCUGCCCUUCCCCGAUGAGCUGCACGAGCGCUACCUCGUGUCCGGCACCAACGUGUACGGCAUCCUGCGGGCGCCCCGCGCCGCCAGCACCGAGGCCCUGGUGCUCACCGUGCCCUGCGGCCCCGACGCGGCCAACAGCCAGGCGGUGGGGCUGCUGCUGGCGCUGGCCGCCCACUUCAGGGGGCAGAUUUACUGGGCGAAAGACCUCAUCUUCCUGGUGACGGACCACGACCUGCUGGGCACCGAGGCCUGGCUGGAGGCCUACCAUGACGUCAACAUCACAGGUGUGAAGUCGUCCCCCCUGGAGGGCCGGGCGGGCGCCAUCCAGGCAGCUGUGGCGCUGGAACUGAGCAGCGACGUGGUCACCAGCCUGGACGUGACGGUUGAGGGGCUGAAUGGGCAGCUGCCCAACCUGGACCUGCUCAACCUUUUCCAGACCUUCUGCCAGAAGGGGGGGCUGCUGUGCACACUGCAGGGCAAGCUGCAGCCUCAGGACCGGAGCUCACUGGACGCGCCCCUGCAGGGCCUGCAGACGCUGCUGCUCCUGGCUCUGCAGCAGGCCUCCGGCCGCCCCCACGGCCCCCACGGCCUCUUCCUGCGCUACCGCGUGGAGGCCUUCACUCUGCGUGGCGUCAACAGCUUCCGCCAGUACAAGUACGACCUGGUGGCCGUGGGCAAGGCGCUGGAGGGCAUGUUCCGGAAGCUCAACCACCUGCUGGAGCGCCUGCAUCAGUCCUUCUUCUUCUACCUGCUGCCCGCCCUCUCCCGCUUCGUCUCCAUCGGCCUCUACAUGCCGGCCGCCGGCUUCCUGCUGCUUGUCCUCGGUCUCAAGGCCCUGGAGCUGUGGAUGCGGCUGCACGAGGCCGGUGUGGGCCCUGAGGAGGCUGGAGGGGGGCCCGGACCCAGCCCCUCUCUCCCCCUGGUGCAGGGUGUGAGCCUGACCUCGCUCGUGGCCCCUGUGCUCAUCUCGCAGGCCAUGGGCCUGGCCCUCUACGCCUUGCCGGUGCUGGGCCAGCAUGUGGCUGCUCAGCACUUCCCGGUGGCUGAGGCCGAGGCCGUGGUGCUCACACUGCUGGCCAUUUACGCAGCUGGCCUGGCCCUUCCGCACAAUGCUCAUCGGGUGGUCAGCACACAGGCUCCAGACGGGGGCUGGAUGGCCUUGAAGUUGGUGGCGCUCAUCUACCUGGCCCUGCAGCUGGGCUGUGUUGCCCUCACCAACUUCUCCCUGGGCUUCCUGCUAGCUGCCACCAUGGUGCCCGCUGCUGCACUCGCUGAGCCCCGUGGGCCCCGGCCACUGUAUGCCGCCUUACUGGUACUGACGAGCCCGGCGGCCACGCUCCUGGGCAGCCUCUUCCUGUGGCGGGAGCUCCAGGAAGCACCAAUGUCACUGGCCGAGGGCUGGCAGCUCUUCCUGGCCGCACUGGCCCAGGGUGUACUGGAACACUACACCUACGGCGCCCUGCUCUUCCCCCUGCUGGCCCUGGGCAUCUACCCCUGCUGGCUGCUCUUCUGGAACGUUCUCUUCUGGAAGUGAGUGCCCGUGAGCCAGAGCCUCCCACAGCCCUCCAUCCUACCUCCUGCCUGGGAAAUAAACAUGUUCUCUCUCA